AUGGAUGGGGAUUGGAGUCACGGAUCCAUAGCCCGAGGGCAGCUGCCCAUCGCCGACACCCAUGCACGCAAAGCCAUCAGGACAGGGAAGGGUGCCGUGGCCGCCGUCGGGAUGGGGAAAGGGAAGGGCGCCGCCAUAGGCGAGGGCGGGCAGGAUGUCGAUCGCGGGGACACGGUCCCACCUGCCGGCGCUUUGAAAGAAGAAGAGUCGCGGUAUCGCACGUGGUUUACCGAAGAUAUUUGGGGCAUUCUUUUGCCUCGCCUCUCCUCAAUUUUUACCAGCGUCCCUGAGGGGAGAACACCGUUGCAGGCCCGGAAUAAAAGGCUCAAGGAUGUGGAGAUCAGUUUCCCUAUCGUUUAUGGAACCAUUUCUUUCUGGCUCGGUAAAAAGGCCAGCGAGUACAACUCCCACAAGUGGACUGUAUAUGUCCGUUCUGCAAACAAUGAAGAUCUGAGUGUCAUAGUUAAGCGUGUGGUGUUUCAGCUUCACCCAAGUUUCCAAAACCCAACAAGAGUCGUGGAGCAACCACCUUUUGAGCUGUCUGAAUCGGGAUGGGGAGAGUUUGAGAUAGCAAUAACCCUUUAUUUCCACAGUGAUGUCUGCGACAAGCGCUUGGAUCUGUUCCAUCAGCUUAAGCUGUAUCCAGAAGAAGAAGCUGGACCUCAAUCAACCAAAAAGCCUGUUGUCGUGGAAACAUACGAUGAGAUUGUUUUCCCUGAGCCUACAGAGGCCUUUUUCCAACGUGUGCAGAAUCAUCCAGCAGCUAAUGUGCCCAGGCUUCCUCCUGGUAUAACCCUGCCUCCCCCGGGCACUAUGGAAAUUGUCCCAUAUGAAAAGAAGCGUGGUGACACUAAGGAUCAUCCUUUGAGUCAGUGGUUCUCGAAUUUCUCUGAAGCUGAUGAGCUGUUGAAACUAGCUGCAGCUCGGCAACAGGUGCAGGCUCACAUAGCCAAGCUGAGAAGGCAGUUAACCAUGAUAGAAGGAAUGCCCCAGCAAUCGAAAGCCUUUUCUGUGCUACAGGCACGCAUGCCUGUAGAUCCAGCGGGUGCAGAACUGCAGAUCCAACUGUGCAAGGGAGGAAGACUGCACGAAGAAUAUGAGCUCCUCCUCCUCAGGAAUUAUGCUAUGCUUGUCGACUCUGACAGGGAGCAUGCGUUAACAGUAAGUUACUGUGCUGGACUGCAGAUUAGUGUGACCUGCUGUGAUCCUUUUGUUUUGCACAAGCCUUAUGUAAUCUACAUGAUGCCAUCUUCCUGUCAAUAUAUUUCUGAUCUUUGUGCCAUUUUCUAUGGACGAAAUGAACGGCAUAAUAUUCUGCUGGGACCAUUUUGUGAACUGAAACUUGGCAUAUCAGCAUGCAUGUUCCAUAUUUUCUAA